GCAUCAGUGCAUGAUUUACAGUGAAAAAGAGAUCGUACCAACAAACACCGUUUCCAAUCACCCCAACUGCGCAUUCUACAGCUGGGCUAGGCCGUCCGUGAUUACCCGUCACAGUGGCCACUUUCUCAUCUUUUCAUUGCAUUGAAAACAUGCAUGCAUAAACCACAACAGUAGGCAUUGCUGGUACAGCAUCCGUAAGGCAUCCUGAAACGUUUGCAUUUUUGCUGCCCCUGCUGAUCCGCCAACAGUGUCCCGUGCUUUAAAAUACUCCUUUCGCCGAUUGACGUUGCAAUUUGCUGCCUCCAUUGAUAGCGUUUGCCCCCUACUUCUUCCUCGAUCUCCCAUCUGUCCCGGAAAUCUGCGCACCGAAAACGAAAUCCGAGAAGACUGACUUUCGACGACACAAGCAAGUAGUGGGUGGUGGCAACGAACAAAAUCGAACCGCCGAUAUCGAAGUGUAAAGUUGUACAUCUGUUGUGCAGAUACUCGGGUUGUGCUUUCGGCAAACAGUGAAUAGUUGCUGCGCCUGAUUGCAAAAGAUAUUUGUGUUCUCAGCAAGACGCAAGCCCGUAUCCGGAACACCUGUUCCAUCAUCAACACACAUCUCUAGCGGGCAGGCACGCUUACAAAAUUGAAAGUUUACAAAUGCCCAGAGGCAAACGUCGCCUUGCCAUAGACAUGAGGCCAAGUGAGGACGACCAACAGUCUACCAAAAGGCAACGAAAUAGUUAUCAAAGCUCACGGCGUUACAGCAAAACGGAUGACGCUUUCAGUCAAAAGCGAUGCCUCACCUGGUUUCGGGAGUACACGACACCAGAUGAUCCGGAUAAUUUAGGUCCGGAAGGAAUGGAAAAGUUUUGCGAGGAUAUCGGUGUAGAGCCUGAGAACGUGGCGAUGCUUGUUUUAGCGUACAAGAUGGGAGCAAAACAGAUGGGCUUCUUCACGCAAAGCGAGUGGCUUAAGGGCCUGACUGACCUGCAAUGCGAUACCCCCUCGAAAGUGCAGUGUAAGCUGGAACAUCUCAGAAGCCUUCUGAACGACCCGAAUACAUUCAAAAUCAUAUACAGAUAUGCAUACGACUUUGCAAGGGAUAAAGACCAACGCAGUAUGGACAUUGAAACUGCGAAGGGGAUGCUUCAAUUGAUGCUCGGCAAACAUUGGCCACUGUACGCACAAUUCGCCCAAUUCCUAGAGCAGUCCAAGUACAAAGUAAUCAACAAAGAUCAGUGGUGUAAUAUUCUAGAGUUUUCUCGUACCAUCUCCAACGAUCUGACAAACUAUGACGUCGAUGGAGCCUGGCCCGUAAUGCUCGACGAGUUUGUAGAAUGGCUAAGACAAUUACGAGCCCAACCGACUAUUAGCUGAGGCCUACUGUACUAGAUACCCGGUCGAAUGGCGUCGAUAUGAUAAGAGCAGCAAGCAAAGGGCAAUAUCUGAGAACUGUAAAGAAAAACAAAAACAGUGCGUAAACCACACACUGUUCGUGGUAGGAAUGGAUUUAUAAUGGAUAAACACCGGCAUGAAUGAAGUACGACCGGCAGAAAGUAAGGUCAAAACCGUCAAAAACUUCCACACACUUCACACCCUUCCGCUGGAUCUAGGUUUUAAUCUGGGCUAGUUUGAUGCAACCGUAAAAAAAACUCGGCGAAAUUAAAAUUUGUCGCCACUUCGUUUGAAAGUAUCAUAAGUUUUGUAGUAAAGUAAAUCCCACAUUUCACCAUUCUUUCUUGGUGCUUGAAUGGCAAACCAAAACGAGAAUGCACGGUCAUACAAAUACGGUCCCACACUACGAAUACAAAUUCAAAGAAAAGCAAACUUAGGGAUACCUCAAAGACUAAUGCGAAACCGAGUGGUGAUGAGUUGCGUAACUUUGAAAAAUAGGGCUGACUAGUAGAACGAAGGUAAAUAAAGUUGCUAGAAACAAAGAGAAUUAGCAGGCUAUGUAAUUUUUGCAUACACACACUCCACUUUCAUAGCACAUUAAAGUGAUCCAGAUCUAGACAACAAAAAUUUGAGUGAGCCAACGUUCCAAGGUUUUGAAUCACGCGUGUGCAUCGGCAACGAGUUGUAAUGUGGAAUGGUACUCGCAAGGGAUACAUGUCCCUGAAAAUCGUCGAAAUGGAAUGGAAACACUAAUCAAACAAUAACGAUAGAUGCAGACGGUAGUAGGCAAGUUGACUGUCUUGAAACCAUUUAGGUUCCAAAUUACACUACUCAUAUGUCCAAAGGCAAAACUAAAAACAAACUUAAUAUAAUCGCAACAACCCAACCACUAUACUCACCAUAACUCUAAUUGAAAACGAAUGAUGAUUUGAGAGGAACAGAACAAAACCAGAAAGAAACUACCAUUCGAUGCUCGAAAACAUACGCAUAAUAAAAGUCCAAACUAUCUUGAAUACA